GCACCAGCUGGCGGCCAUAACACUGCAGCACAACACGCCGUUAAAAUAUCACAGAAAACACAAAUUCUCUCAAAACAAACCAACCCACGAGGACAGGAAGCGCACCACAGCAGGAGGGGAGCAAGAAGAAGCAUUGGAGCGAAGGAGAAGAGGAGAUAAAGCGAGGAAAGACGUGAAAAGAGGAAAAUAAGAUGACAGGGGUAACCAUGGCUGAAGUGACAGAUGGUGACCUGACCACCACCGCUGACCCGACCUCUGCCGCCGAGCCGGGUCAGGAGGAGGGCAAGAAGACGCUAUACACGCUGAAGGUAUGCCCAGUGGUGAAGGAGGCACAGCUGGCACACGGCCUGCGACACAGCGACUACCAACUCUAUCGGCAGUAUUGCAGUAGGCGAAUUCACCGACUUAGAAAGAACCUCGACUUUAUUCAGGGGGACCGCAAGAAUUUCAGGAAGAAGCUGGUGACCCCGGAAGUCUUGAAGGACGAGAGGUUUCUGUACAUUCCGCUAAUGACUGUGGAGAGGUACUGGGCUUACGCAAUGCAGCUGAAGGAGGAGAGCGCGAAGGACUCCAGGAAGAAGUUUUCAAUGAGGAAUAAGCUGAGGAAGGCUGCGAGCUAUGUGGCUGCUUUUGAGAGGCUGGUGGAGGAGAGUGACCAGUGUGACGCACGGACGCAGCUGGAGGUGCAGGGCUACUCCGCGUGGCUGCAGGGCACAGUGCUGUUUGAGCUGGCCGAGUGGACAGGACAGUGGGCCAGACCAGUGGAGUAUUUCAACAAGGCGCUGGCCAUCUACAGCAAGGUUCAAGGGGCGGUGUCCGAGGAAGAGCAGGAGGUGUACACUGCCAAGAUACAAGAGGUGGAGGUGAAACUAAGGUUCUGUCGUCAUCAUCUUGGCGACCGCUCUGCCACUGACACCCUGCUGGCCAUGCGCGGGAACGAGGCUCUUGGGGAUAAGCUGGAUAACCUGUUGGCGUCAGCAAGGGAACGACAAGCCAAUACCCUUAGUGAGGUCACCUGGAAGGGCCGCACUCUGGCUGUUAAGCAUGAGAAGGUGCGGCUGUUCCUGGUCAACGAGGGGCUGAUUCACGAGGAGCUGGCCCGGACGGAGGAGGCAAACGAGCGAGUGCGCCUCCUGGACCGCCUGUUGAUGGAGUGCAAGGACGCCAUCCAGCUGGUGCGCGACGACCUCAAGGCUGACGCGAGCUUCAAGCCACGUCAACAAACAACUGAGGGCCCAGUGUCUCCCCUUCACUUCCUGCACACCUAUUUGUCCUAUCAUCGCCUCAACCUGACUACCCUGAGAAACCUGGCUCUUGCACACACCUGGCGGAUGAUUAUUAAUGGAGAGGUGCAGGUUGAAGAUGGCAAGAAAGGUCCAAAAUUACAAGAUUUGGUGCGUCUUCAUGAAAUUAUCAUUCAAAACCUGAAAGAACUGCCCAACCUUCCCGGACUGGAGGACGACCUUGACCUGAGGACCAGCGUGGAGGGUCAGGUCAUCGCCCAUCGUGCCCACCGGUGUUACUUUGUGGCCGAGAGCUUCCUGAAGGUGGAGAAGUGGGCGGAGGCUCUUGUCUUGUACCAGCAGGCCCUGAACUACGUGGAGGAGGCCAAGAGUGGGGGGAACCUGCAGCCAUCAGUGUUGGUAGAGCUGGAGCACCUGACAGCCCUGAUUGACAGCAAGAAAUUCACAGCUCACGCCCAGGCCAUACUGGCGGCCCAAGCAGCACCCGGGGCCGCCUCCAGCACCACCAAGUCCACUGGCACCAAGGAGGGCAAGCUCCUCAUCGAACGCCUGGAUGAAUACAUAGAGGACCCCAGCCUGACCUCCUCCAGCCCCCAGGUCGCCCAGGUGCCCCCUCCGAUGACCUCCGUCCCCUGCAAGCCUCUCUUCUUUGACCUUGCCCUGAACCACAUUGAGUUUCCAUCUCUGGAUGAUAAAAUUGAAAAUAAGAAGACCAAUGCACCUGCUGGGGUGACUAGUGGUUUGACAGGGUUGGUGAAGGGCCUGUGGGGUGGCUGGGGGGCUAAGAAGUAAGUAGGGGGUAUGGGUGGAGAGAGAGGGGGAGGAAGAGGUGUCAGUAGGAAUGUGGACAGGGGAGCAGGUAAAGGGAUGGGGUGAUGGGAGGGAAAGUGGGUGAAAAAUAUUGGGAUGGAGAGAGAGAGAGAAUGUUAAAAAUGGAGGAAGAUAGAAAGAUAAGUGAAGGAGAAAAAGAGGAGAUUUAAUGAUAGAAGAAGGAGAGAAUAUAGGAAGAGGACGAGGAGGAGGAA